UCCCCUGUUAACAAUCCAGACAGAUUCCAAACAUGGCUCAAGGCGCAUUUUAGAAAAAUAGAGGGUUUAGACACAUGCGGGAGAGAAAGGAGCAGGAUGGGAAAACGAAGAAGGCAAAGCCACAAGGACUUGGCCGGCUUCCAAAAGGAGACUGCCUAAAGAGAAUGUGGAUUUCGGAGUGAGAUUUGGAAGGAAUGUGGCUAAGUUGUGUACGUGUUUGUAUGUGCCUUUGGAAAAGCGAUGCCAAAGCGGCCAAGGAGCCAUUGAGCAGAAACCCCUCCUGCCUUCUGCAGACCCCCAACCCAGCCCUGGCUGUUGUGCGGCCCCUUUAAUUGUGGCCAGGCCUGUCUCCGUGGCGGCGGCUGCGGCGGUUGCGGCUGCUGUGUUGCAGCAACACACAACUGCAGGUUGCUGUGGCAACAAGGACUGGGUUCCUAAACUGGGAAGGACCUGGCAGAGCAGAAGGCGAGAGGAAAUGGAGAAGAGGAGGAAGAGGAAUAGGAGAGGCAGCAUCCAGAAGGAAACUCCAGUGACAAGAACCAUGUCGCCCUUUGUGAUUCCCAUUUAGGGCAGAGGAAGCGCCGUCUGCAGAGUCAAAGGAUCAAGAUCAGGCGCACUCCAGGCUGAUAGUUGGUGUUGGCUGUGAAAUGGUCAAGGUGCUACGGAGCUGAAGGAAGAGAGAGUGGGGCUUUCUUUCCGCUUUCUAAGUGGCCCCAGUUACCCUGCCGAAGAUGGAGAAGGGCGAGGAGGCGGCUGAGAACGUGAAGAUCACCUCCCAGCUGCUGAAAGCCAAGACGGGAGAGUUUGACCUGGAGUCCAUCCUGCUGCUGAAGCUGCGCGGCCUGGGCAUCUCGGACUUGGGUUGCCUGGGGGAGUGUGCCAGCCUGGAGUGGCUGGACCUCUCUGGGAACGCCAUCUCCCACCUGGGCCCGCUCUCCUCGCUCAAGGCCUUGGCCGUCCUGAACAUCUCCUCCAACCGCGUCUCCAGCCUGGAGCCCCUGGCCGGCUGCGAGAACCUCCAGAGCCUCAACGCGGCCGGCAACCUUCUCGGUGGUGUCCAGCAGCUCCAGUGCCUGACCGGGCUGCGGCACCUGGAGAACAUGCGCUUCGCCAACCCCAUGGGGCGCCUCAGCAACCCCUUCUGCACCUCCCCCGGGUACCGCGCCGCCAUCGCGGAGAUGUUCCCCGGGGUCAAGGUCAUCGAUGGGGAGAGGGUCUCCGGCCGGGGCAGCGAGCUCUACCAGCUCUGCAAGGACCUGGACAACUCCCUGAAGCGCUUCCACAGCCCCAGCCGGGCCGGCCACGCGGAGCUGAGCAGCCUGAGCAAGCCUUGGGUGGAGGAGGGCUACUGGGAUGUCCGCCCGGCCAGGAGGAGCUCCAUCGUGGAGGAGGCCUACAAGCAGUUCAGCGAGGCCCUCCAGGAAUGCCGGGAGCUGAGCAAGCGGGCCGACGACACCAUCUCCCAGGCCGAGCGGGCCCUCAACAUCCGCCCCGACUCCAGCUCCUACCUGUUCUGAACCGUUCUCGGGCCUCCAAGCCUUCUCCUUGGUAUUGGCUAAUCCAUUUCUCAAUGACUUCGUUCCCAACUUGUCCCAGCUCAAAAGGACUACGCAGAAGGGGCCAAGCUCUUCUCGGGCUCUUCCCAUCGCAGGAUAGGGCUUCCUGGAUGUCCAAAUCAGGGCUUUCUGGAAGUCCAAGACAGGGCUUUCCGGAAGUCCAAGACAGGGCUUCCCAGAAGUCCAAGACAGGGCUUCCCAGAAGUCCAAGACAGGGCUUCCCGGAAGUCCAAGACAGGGCUUCCCGGAAGUCCAAGACAGGGUUUCCUGGAAGUCCAAGACAGGGCUUCCUGGAAGUCCAAGACAGGGCUUCCCGGAA